CAUGUUGUCCACCCUGAGAGUCGCCGGCCAAAAGGCUGCGACUCGUGAUGUUGCCCUGCGGAUGUUCGCUGCUGGUGCUCGUCCAGCUUCCACCUGGUCCAAUGUGCCCCAGGGCCCUCCGGAUGCGAUUUUGGGCAUCACGGAGGCCUUCAAAGCGGACACAUUCAAGGACAAGAUCAACCUCGGCGUCGGGGCCUACCGUGAUGAUCAGGGGAAGCCAUACGUCCUCCCCUCCGUCCGCGCCGCCGAAGAAAAAGUGAUCAAUUCGAACCCUGACAAGGAGUACGCUGGCAUCACUGGUGUGCCCUCCUUCACCAAAGCCGCCGCCUCUCUUGCAUUUGGGCCCUCUAGUCCCGCCAUCAAAGAAGACCGUAUCGCCAUCACCCAAACCAUCUCCGGCACCGGCGCUCUACGGAUAGGCGGGGCCUUCCUCGAACGUUUCUACCCGCACGGCAAAAAGAUCUACAUCCCCACCCCCAGCUGGGCGAACCAUGCCGCUGUCUUCAAGGACUCCGGUCUGCAGGUCGAGAAGUAUCGCUAUUACAACAAGGACACCAUCGGCCUCGACUUCGAGGGCAUGAUUGCCGAUAUCCAAGCUGCGCCUGCCAACAGUGUCUUCUUGCUGCACGCCUGCGCACAUAACCCCACGGGCAUUGACCCGACCCAAGCGCAGUGGCGCCAGAUUAGCGAUGUGAUGAAGGCCAAGGGGCACUUUGCUUUUUUCGAUAUGGCCUACCAGGGCUUUGCGAGUGGGGAUACAGACCGCGAUGCGUAUGCGCUCCGUCAUUUCCUGGCUGAGGGGCAUGGAGUUGUGCUUUGCCAAAGCUUUGCGAAGAAUAUGGGACUAUACGGCGAACGAGUCGGCACAUUCUCCGUCGUCUGCGAGUCUGCUGAGGAGAAGAAGCGUGUUGAUUCGCAGAUCAAGAUCCUCGUCCGCCCCCUGUACUCCAAUCCGCCCAUCCAUGGCGCCCGCAUUGCCUCGACGAUCCUCAAUGAUCCUAAGCUCAACCAGCAGUGGCUUGGAGAAGUGAAGGGCAUGGCUGAUCGCAUUAUCAAAAUGCGUGCACUCCUUAAGGAGAACCUCGAGGCGCUGGGCAGCAAGCAUGAUUGGAGCCAUAUUACUAGCCAGAUCGGAAUGUUCGCAUACACAGGCUUGAAACCCGAGCAGAUGGAAAAGCUUGCUAAGGAGCACUCCGUCUAUGCUACCAAGGACGGCCGAAUCUCCGUUGCUGGCAUCACCAGCGCCAAUGUCAAGAGACUGGCCGAGUCCAUCUACAAGGUCACCGGAUAGAAACGAGGCUUUAAAUUAAACAUGAUGAUAAUUUAUACAUUGUUUCCUGCUGUUGUUUCUGAAAUAUUUUUGACUGGCCUUGCUUCCAACGGUGUGUACCGUCGCAUAAACCUACCCCUCUCAACUGUCCUUUUACUUUCUCUUUCCUUGUUUUAUUCAUUGCGAUUUUGCUUUUCCCCUUUUGUGUGUAUUUGUCUGUCGUUUAUUAUCUCUCUCCCUUUUUUAUUUUUGGUUUAUCUGCUAGGCCUUGCUUCGUGACGAUGUAUUAGUACGUUUUGUGUGAAAUUCCAGUGUCGACUGCGUAUCUUCCAGCAAAUUCUUGUCUUUACUCUCAUUUGCUUGCUAGAACUUGAACAUACGGGACAAUGCGAGUACGAAUGCGAAAGCGCGUAACACAAUUACAAGUUCCGGUUUCAUCAUG